AGCACGUCGCCAUUGGUGGUAAUAUGCUGCGGCUGAGACGACCGGUCUAGAGUGAUGAUAAUACGUCUUUGACGUGCUCAGCCAAGCUCGGGUCGUAAUCGCGUUAUAAGUGCCCUCCCAUGCAUGUGAGCACGUUCACAGAUCCACCGGUGCUAACAUUUUGAAAAUGUCCCGCUUCCUUAGCUUUCUCAAGAACACCAGAGCCAUUGUCUCCAAUACAAAGACGAUCGGUCGACAGCGGAGUGCAAACAGCUUUUCUCGCAUGUUCGGGUUUGAUCGAAGGCAGAGCAUAUACGUUUCCGAAAUAGAUACUGAGAAGUUGUUGGACAAACUCGAGUGGAAAUUUGGGGCCAAUUUCGAUGUCCAUAUGAUGCAUAACGUUUACAAGAUCCGAUCGCCACAACAGUUAACCCAGGAGGAAAUUGAGGAUUGUAGAUAGCGGGUCAUAGAUAGUGACGAUCUGGUGUGAGGCCAAAUCAGGAAAUGAAAGGUCGCAAAAGGCAGGCGUGAUCAGGGUUAGGCGAAAUACAGGACCAGCUGGUGACGCCACGCGGCAAAAGUGCGUCGAUGGCUUGCUUGAAGUGUGACGGAAAGGCUAGA